GAGAGAGAGAAAGAGAGGGACAUUGAGGGCUCAAUGGAGCCACCUUUGGCAUGAGAAGAAACAAAUCAGCUUCUCCUGGAUAUUGAGGAAUUUGGAAACUAAAGUGCAGUAAGGAAAUUGUAGGAAAAAUAAUCUUCUCACGGUGCUGAUCUUGCUGAAUUCUUAAACUUAUUCUAGAUCAGAAAGGGAAAAACAAGACUCAAGAUUCCAUAUCUACACAUCACAUCUAUACAUAAUUAUCUAGACAUAACAUUUUCAGCAUGGAGGACAAAGCAUAUAUAUGUAUUGAAUGUGGAAAGAGCUUUAGUCAGCAUGGAAAUCUAAAGACACAUCAAAGGACACACACUGGGGAGAAACCUUAUAAAUGCCUGGAGUGUGGACAGAGCUUUGCUCAGAGAGUAAAUCUACGUACACAUCAAAGGACCCACACUGGGGAGAAACCCUAUAAAUGUCUGGAGUGUGGACAGAGUUUCACUGAGAGUGGAAGUGUGCGUUCACAUCAAAGGACUCACACUGGAGAGAAACCAUAUAAAUGCCUGGAGUGUGGACAGAGCUUUACUCAGAGGGGAACUCUACAAACACAUCAAAGGACUCACACUGGGGAGAAACCCUAUAAAUGCUUGGAGUGUGGAAAGACCUUUGCUCAGAAUGGAGGUCUAAAUUCACAUCAAAAGACUCACACUGGGAAGAAACACUAUAAAUGCCUGGAGUGCGGACUGAGUUUCACUCAUAAUGCAGGUCUACGUUCACAUCAAAGGACUCACACUGGGGAGAAACCCUAUACAUGUCUGGAGUGUGGAAAGAGCUUUACUGAGAGUGGAUGUCUACAUAAACAUAAAAGGAUUCAUACUGGGGAGAAACCCUAUAAAUGCCUAGAAUGUGGACAGAGUUUCACUCAGAGUUCACAUCUACGUUCACAUCAAAGGAUUCACACUGGAGAGAAACCCUAUAAAUGCCUGGAUUGUGGAAUGAGUUUUGCUCAGAGUGGAAGUCUACAUUCACAUGAAAGGAUUCACACUGGGGAGCAACACUAUAAAUGCAUGGAGUGUGCACUGAGCUUCACUCAGAGUGGAAAUCUACAUUCACAUCAAAGGACCCAUGCUGGGGAAAAACCCUAUAUAUGCCUGGAGUGUGGACUGAGCUUCACUCAGAAUGAAGGUCUGUAUUCACAUCAAAUGACUCACACUGGGAAGAAACCCUAUAAAUACAUGGAGUGUGGACAGAGCUUCGCUUGGACGGACCAUCUGCUGCAACAUGAAAAGACCCACACUGGGGAGAAACCCUAUAAAUGCCUUGAAGGAAAUUGUUAAGUUUGCAUUUACAGUGGCAUCAGUGUUUUGUUUAUUAAUAAUGCUGGAUGGCAAUCUAGAAAUAAAAUUUGAAAAGAUUACUAAAAUAUAUGAUAACACUGUGCAACAAAAUUUGAAAAAACUCUGUUCCUAAUUUGAAAGUGUUAUUUCACUGUUUUAAUUGUGAGGUGCUUACUUUGAAAGUAGUUGUUACACUCCAGAGACUUUGGUUUUGUGGCUGCCACAAACUAUAUUGGAUUGGUUGAGUCAUUGAGAAACUAUUGCAAAAUGGACUGCAGGAUGUCUUGCAAAAAAACAAAGUUUUUGUAGUUUUAUAAAUUUUUCCAUGUUUUUAUGAUUGAUCCAAUUAGAAUAUGACCCUUAUAACCCAGGGAAAAAAAUGAUGUUACAUAGUAUAAUUGCCGUAAGAAUCCUUUAUCCUCAGAGAUGGAAGGAAGUAGUUUUCCAAUUCAAGGAAAUGGAUUGACAAAGAUCCACAAACUAGCACAAAUUGAGAAACUGACUUUGCUGAUUAAGGAGAAACCUUAGAUCGCCUUCAAGACAUAUUGGAACUUUUUAUAACAUUUUAAUGACAACAUUUGGGGCAUAUGUCAAGUAUAAGAUUUAUGAAUUAGAAUAGUUGUACCAAAA